AUGUCCCUUGUGCCGAAUGAGCCCGUGUGUCUACCAUGUGAGAUUCUGGAUAUCAUCUUUUCCGAUCAAGAUAUCUCCCAGCGCGACCUCGGUCGCCUGGCGCGGGUAUCGCGGGACUGGCAUGAUGCAGCUACUCCGCUGCUUUGGGAAACCAUGCACGGGCUUCAGCCGUUGCUCAGGCUGCUCCCCUGUGACGCAUGGCACUUGGAACCCAGAACAACAGGAAUCCAAGGGACGCGCUUGUCACUGCGUCGACAAAUAUUGGGAACAGACUGGGACACCGUAUACAGUCGAGCUCAGCUGGUGAAGGCCCUCAUCACUGCGAAGGACCCCGCGGAUCCCACCUCGGACUGUGCCGAAGCAGUCGUCGAGGCACUCGCCAGGUGUCCUCCACCCCGUUGUCUCUUCCCGAACCUUCGCUGCCUGCGCUUCGAGAUCCCUCGUUCCACGCCUAUGGUGCCCUUGAGCCCUGCCUUCACCUCACUGUAUAAUCUGCUGCUGUCUCCUCUCUGCAUUACCAGCUACACGCUCCGCGAGCUCGUCGUGACCGAAUCCACCUUCAUCCUCCCCGAGGAUUACCACACGCAUGGCUCGAAGCUUCUGAUGGCCAUCCCACAGCACUACACCCUUCUCGAAAAGGUAGACCUCUUCAUCCGCGACAAACGGAAUACAGACCUGCUUGCCACAUUCGCCUACAUCCCGACCCUGCGCACGCUCCACCUGCGCUUCAGCGUUAGGGCCCGCAGCCUGGACUUCACUGACGUGACCCCUUCUCAAAUGCCCAGCUGCUUUCUGGCCCUGCAGCACCUCGGCCUGCACGGCCUCUUCGCGCCCGCCCUCAUGGGUGCCCUGCGCUCAUGGCGCUUCCCCUUCCUGCGCACUUUCUCCGCCCUCCCGCUAUUCCGCGCCGACGCUGACCAGCUGCACGCCAUCCUCCUCGCCCUGCACGACCACGUGCCCCACGACACGCUCCGCCAGCUGCUCAUCCGCCCGUUCAUCGGGCGCUACUCCCCUCUGCAGCUCCACCACAUUGAGAUCCUCGCCGCCUUCCGCCAUCUCACGCACGUCGCCCUCAAUGCCACGCUCGGCGUGCUGCUCACAGACGAUGAGCACGAGCAGGUCGCGGGGUGGUGGCCUAACGUAGAGCUCCUCGGGUUUAACACGGCGACGGUGUACGAUCUGUCGCUGUACACGGUGGACACGCCCGCGACGCUUGGGGCGCUCGUGCACUACGCGCGGCUGUGCCCCAGGCUUCGAGACCUGUCUAUCCCUGUGACCGUGCACAGCGGUAGCGUCCCGGACAUCCCCACCGAGCUCAAGUCGCCAAAGUCGCCACCGUCCGCACUGAACUCUCGUCCACCCUCACACCCGCUAUCCCGCCUCUACAUUGGCGACUCCCCGCUCGACGAGGACUGUGUGGAGCAGACGACGACAUUCCUACACCAGCUCUUCCCGAAUCUCGCCCUUAUCAAGUUCGACGAGAACGAGUUGAGCAUGACCUGGCUUGAUGUGCGCAAGGCGUUGGUUGAAACGUAG